UCCUGCCGCGGGCGGGUCGCGAUUUUCCUUCAGUCGGAAAAGCGCUCGCGUCGCGAAAGCUCUCCCGUCAUCCUGUCGCAUCCUGCGCUCGCUUGCGAAGUAUAGUGCCAGUUUAAAGUUUUCGCUCUGUGCGCGCGGCAUUAGCGUUUGUGGUUUGAGUUGAAAAGUGUAAUCAAUAAUAAUUAAAUUGGAAUUCAAUUACGAGUGUGUAAUAAAAGUGUUUACAAGAAAGAAAAAAUUGUUUUUAAAAUUUAAUUGUGAAAGAAAAUAUUUUGAUUGUAAUUAAUACUUAUUAUUAAUUAAAACUACGGAUGUAUUAACAACAAGAUGCUCGACGACCAAGAAAAAUUAGAAAACAGACGAAUAGCGUAUGAAAAAUGCCAAAAUAGCACUUAUAUUGAAGGCUUUUGUCCACCUGUAGUCACACAAUUCGAAGGUUUACAUCACUGCUGGGAAGCGACCCCUGGCGGGACCGUCGUAAGUGCGCCAUGUCCCAAGCUACCCACAUUUUUGGAACACAAAUUGAUGCAUAAAGAAUGUUGGCCGAACGGCACGUGGUUCAUUCAUCCAAAUUCAAGUAAUUUCGGCCAUUGGACAAACUAUACUGAAUGUAUCGCUCAGGAUAAACUAGCAUUUCAUAUGACCAUAAAUCGAUGGUUUGUCAUUGGAUACUCAAUAUCUCUAGUGGCGUUGAUUAUCAGUUUAAUAAUAUUCCUCAGUUUUCGCACAUUGAAAUGUACACGCAUCCGGCUACAUAUCCAUUUGUUUCUGUCGUUUAUAAUGAAUAAUAUAAUGUGGUUAAUAUGGUACAUUGAAGUAAUCCCGAGAUCCAGUGAAUUGCGCAGUGAAAAUCCGUUAUGGUGUCAAGCAGUAGAAAUCUUUCUGAAAUACUUCCUCGUCGCCAACUACAUGUGGAUGUUCUGCGAGGGACUUUAUCUCCACAUCUCUUUAGUGGUUGUUUUUGUGCGUGACAACGUCGCCUGGAUAUGGUUCGUUCUGAUUGGUUGGGGAAUUCCGUUUGUGGUCAUAACUAUCUACGCAUUUGUACGGAUAGUCUACCUACAAGACACUCGUUUUUGUUGGUUAUUACCAAGUCCAGCUGUGUUAAUCUACAGCAUACCGGUGUGGAUCACGCUCGCGAUAUCCUUCAUAUUCUUGUGCUACGUGCUUCGCGUGAUCGUCAACAUAAUGAAUCCGAACUCGGAAAAUCCAGCGCCGUUGCGCGCGAAGCGUGCUGCAAGAGCCACACUGAUUCUCAUCCCAUUGUUUGGUCUACAAUAUAUGCUCAUCCCAUUUCGGCCAGAUUCCGAACACAAAUUCGCGUAUCUCUACGAUUAUCUUACAGUGGUCAUUACAUCUUUACAGGGUUUGUGCGUUUCGGUGUUGUUCUGCUUCGCCAAUCAAGAUGUACACCAAGCAAUCGCGCGUUGUCUACGCCGGCGACUAAGCAUCGGCGGGUGGUCUCGAUACGCCGCCCCUGGGGGCGAUCAUUCCGGCGGUGUAUUCAUCAUCAAUAGUUCAGGCAACCGCACAAGCAUACGCAUGGUAUGACUGCAGCGAGCGUCGACCGUGCGCGCAACACCCGCGUGUGGAGGCGGCGGGGGCGGCAUGGCGACGAUUGAAACCACCGCAAAUGGACGCCCGACAACAAAUCCGGAAUGUAUGCAACUUAUGCGCUCCAAUACCUAUGCGGAAGUAUAAAUAAACCCACAAAUAACACGGAAUGACUCAUCACAAACAUUAAAAUAGAUCAAAAUAGUUUAUAAACCUAGCUUUUGCUUCUUAAUAUAUGUAAAACAUGCAACACAUGUUCAAACAUACAGGGAAUUAAAUUAAUUUAUUAUAAGCAAUCUAAAUUAUUUUUUUGAAAUAUUUAUUUAUAAAAUUUUACGUGAUUUUAUUGUAUUUUACAAUUUUAAAUGUUGAGUUAACAUGUUUCGCCCUGAGGGCAACUUCAUAAAUGUGUUUAAAUGAGUGUAAAAUUGUAAAAUCCAAUAAAAUCACGUAAAAUUUUAUAAAUAAAUAUUUCAAAAUAUUACAAUGGAUUACGUAUUCACAAGUGAAAGUAAUGCAAUCUAAAUUAUUAAUUAAGUAAAUAGUUAACGGCAAAUAUUUAUUAAAUAUAGUAAAAUGUUUAAAUAGUAAAUAUAUUAACAUAAUAGUAAAAUAAUAUCCCAAUAUUAUUAUUAUUAUUAUUUAUUCUAGAAUAAAAUAAAAUAAUAAUAAUAUAAAAAUACAAAAUAUAUAUUUGUACCGUUUGUAUGGCAUUGUACAAAAAAUAUAUUCUAUCUAUUAAUAAUAUUUUAUGUAGUUUAUGUAAUUUAUGGAAAAUGUUAUUUGUAAAACGAGAAUUUUGUCGAUUUGAUUUCAUCGACUGGAGGAAAAUAAAUGUAUGAUGUCAAUAAAUAUAAAAUAUCUUGUGUUUA